GAAAGCGGCGUUGCUGAUCACCAGUUUCGAAACCCUUCCUGGAAAAUAAAACGACAGAAAUCACGCCUCUUUCCUCGACGGCGCAUGACCUUACACAAACAAAAGAAAAGAGGACACGACUGGGAGAAGGGCACACAAGCUAUACUAUCGCAAACGUCCUUGCAUAUCAUGCCACUUUCUCUUUCGUUCAGGCUAACGGUAGCACGGCCAGCAGGCGACGGGUCUGUAGUGGCAGUGGAGGGGGGAGUGCUGUGAGCGUUGCGUCGUCUGUGAGCGCUGUGUUGUGUCUGUGAUGAAACUGUGUCGUCAGAGCUCAGAGAGGGGUUCCUCCCGCAGUGACAGCCGAUGUAACUCUGUUUCCUGUUGAGAAUUUUAGGGGCUGUGCCUGAUGAAGGCAAGAUAGUCCCGGCCCGCCCCGCGCCGCCGGCCCUCCCCGCGCCGCCGCCGCAUUCCAUCGCCGCCGCUCGCCAUGACAGCACCCGAGGCCCCGCUGCCCUGCGGCCGCGCCCUCGCCGCCGCGCUCGCUCUGGCGCUGCUUGCGCAGCUGGGCACCGCUGCGCCGCGGGACACGGCCCGCUUGCGACUCAUCAAAGAGCGCGAGGAAGUGGCUCGGGCUUGGGCUCCGUUAGUGUGGCUGCAUUCAGACGAACACUUCUACCCAGGCGAUGUUCAGACGUUUCUCAGCCAAGUCACACCCAACCCCCUGAGUACUGCCCCACCCAUCAGUGUGAAUGAAGGGUCGACCACUAUUAUACUGCGUCCUCUGCCUGUUGGUCCAGCGAGCGGGGACACCUUCCUGAUGGCGCACUUUGACGAAGAAUGCUCAAACUGUCACCUGCCAAAGUUCCUGUAUGGCAAGAAGCCCACUCCGAGCCACUCUCCUCCCGUGUACGCCGUGAUCCACUCCUGCCACUCCUCGCCCGUGAGGACAUCCCGUCACGUGACCAAAUUCUACGACGAUGGUUUAUCUGGAAGAUUUUCGUCGCGUUUGUCAGAGCAAGAUUUUGCUGCUGACGCCCCUCAAGGCACCUCGGACCCGGCCUACGAGCGCCCUUCACCCCCAGAAACGCUGACUACCCCACAGGCUGCUUCAACCGCCCCCUCCAUUGAAGCUCACACGAGAAACGCUGUGUCAACGUCGCCAGCACCUACAAAGAGCCAAGCUGUGACUUUGUCCAGGCAAUCAAUAAAUAAUAAUGAUAAUCGAACGUAUUACAACAAUAGGAAUGACAACCUUACCGUUGAUGAGGGUGAGGAAAUCGGUUCAGAUUCAGAUUAUACGGAAUCCCGCAAUAAUUCAAAUUUGCAUGAGCAAGAAAGUACUCCGAGGCCUUUGACAUCCACGAUGAUCUCAGUUCUCAAUGGUACAAAUCAAGACGUGCCUAAAUCUAGAGCUUCGGGUACCCUGAGCGACCAGAGCGAAGGUGCUCAGCCAUACCCCUUGAAACACCCUGAGGACGACCUGGUCUCAACUCAGCGACCGGUCAGAACGAGAAAACGCGAAAUUAACGAGGAGAGCCAAGUCUUCACAGUCACUUACUGGAUGUUCUACCCAUACAACUACGGGAAAGACGUGUGCACGAUCAACCUCGGAUAUUACCUGGGCCGCAUGUACAAGCCGCCAGUCAACGGAACCUGUUUUGGGGAGGAGGUCGGCAUGGGAAAGCACGUUGGAGACUGGGAACAUGUUUCGAUCCAAUUCAGAGGACGUGUGCCGCUGAACAUGUACGUAUCGUCUCAUAACUUUGGUGCCUACUAUCAAUACAAUUCUUACCAUCAACACUUCGAGUACACUGGCCAGGAUACAAGGAAGGGCAUUCCAAUGUCUCCAGAAUAUCCUAAGAUAGUCAGAGUGGAGAGUUCCCAUCCAGUCCUGUAUUCGGCCCUGGGAUCCCAUGGCCUGUGGGCAGCGCCAGGACUGCACCAGUAUAACUCCUUCCCGCAACUCGAAGACCUCACGGACGAAGGUACGGAGUGGCGCACGUGGCUCAAUUUGGACGUCGUCGAUUUGAGAGAUCGCGCAGCGCUGAAGCAACCACACAGGCAAUGGCUGGGUUACGAGGGUCGAUGGGGGAAUCCGAAGAGCAAGUGCCACACUCUUAUGGCUGGCUUCUGCGAGCUGAACCAAGGCCCGACCGGGAUUCCCAAGAAACGCAUUAAUUUCCCGUGUAUUCAGGAGCCAUGAGGUGUUCCAUCGGACAAUCAACUAUGAGUGCCGAAUAAAUGAGAAGACUAUGAGGUAUCAGUGAACAAUCGACAGUGAGUGCCGAAUAAAUGAGAAAUGAACCAUGAAGUGUAUCAUCGAACAAUCAAAGAAGAUUGCCGAAUAAAUGAAAUAAAUGGACCAUGUUUAUCAUCGAACAAUUAACAAUAAAUGCCGAAUAAUUGAGGAACCACGAGGUGUAUCAUCGCACAAUCUGCCGAACAAAUG